CAUCGGGCAGUGUGUUUGGCCGCACGUAUUCCCUGACCUUACUGUCGUGAGUGAAAACGGAGAAACGAAACCUGCGACACCGUCCCUAGCAGCUGGAUAUUUGGUUAAAGCUAACAGAAGACAGAUUUUAGGUGGUACCUGUCCAAGAUGGGUGUACUUGUUAGAUAUGUGUGGAAGUCACUGAUGACUGCCAGAAAGAAUCACAAAGAUGCCUUCAUUGUGGCAGUGUUGUGUGGUGUAGCAGGGGGAUUGUCAGCAGUUUUCUCCGCAUAUGCCCUUUCCGCAUUCCCAGACGUGAAGCUAGAUAAGACUCUUGGACCAAGCCCUUAUCAAAACCCCAACAGAGGAAACACACGGCUUUUAGAGGUCUCAAAUAGUGCCAAGAUGACUAAGAUGUCUGCAGAAAUGCAGGAGCUGAGGCAAGAGAUCGCAAAGGCAUACCCAGAGAAUACAAGAAUAGAAUUCCAAUAAUACAUGUAGAAUUUACUUGCAUGCAUUAACAUCUACUAUCCUGACCACGGAAAUAUGAGAUUUUUUUACAACUUGCUGCAGAGCACAGGACUUGGAAAUCUCUAUCUUGAAAUGUUGGUGCACUUCAUGGACUGAGGAACUCAUGAUAAUUGCUAAUAUAUAUUUCUUGAUAUUAAAGAUUUUUUGGAGCCAAUUCAAAAUACCCUAGAAGUAAUAAGAGAAAAUAAUGUAACUAGUAGAGACAACAUUAAAGACUAGCCAGGUUGUAAUAUAAUUAUUGUGAUUAAUUGGUUGUAAUAUAAAUACAGUAACAAUAGUGAAAAAAAAACUUAACAUUUAUUCAUCACAGGUUUGUACACAUUUCUGGAAAAUUUGCAUUAGCAUUCAGUCGAAUGAACAUGUUAUAUUACGUAAACCUAUUUCAGUUACUAUUGCUACUGACUACAUGCAUUUUGUUUGUUCUGAAGUGUUUCACAUUUCAUAUGUUAAGCAAUGCAUGUUACAUACCACGUGAUACAGAUCAAGUUAUCUAGUUCUAUCAAUCUUGCACCUCAGAUUUCAUAUCUCAGCUCUUUGCAUCAUUAAUGGGAUAACAACUAUUCAAUUUGGCAAAAAAAAAAAAAAAAAAAAAAAAAAA